AUGGAAAAUAAAGGUCGCGGAGACGAAAAAGGAUCCGUGUUUGAGAUUCCCACGAGGAAGCAGCAGCCCACACAGGUCAGUGCUGAAAUUGAAGGCCCGCUCCCACACUUGGUCCUUCCACGCAAUAUCUCCAGGAAAAUGCAACAAAGUCCGUCUGCUCUUUCCUCCAGAGGCACUCCUUCUCGUCGAGGAAAAUCACCCCGGAGCAGAGGCCAUGGCACCUCGCAUUCUCCAAACUCUCUCCCAACAGAGUUUUCCAUAAAACAGCCCGCCACAUUUACUUCUUGUCUUUCCAUUCCAGUUGAAGGUGCCAUACCCAUUAUUUCUCAGGACGAUUCAUCCGCUACUUCGCUAUCUGGUAUCUCCCAGUCAAACUCUAAUGCCCCAAAGCGCGCACCCCGCAAAUCAAAGACAGACGCUCUAGCCGCUCUCCAGAACCAUGCCCAGUCGUCUUCACUCGAUAACGAUGAGUCCAACUCGCACGAGUUUGAUUCCGAAUUUUCGCGCAAUCGCACUCCAAUUCCCGUUUCGCCUCUUCUAGAUCUAUCAUCAGUCAAAACCUCCGGUCCCAGGGAUAUUCCGCCACAUGCCACUCCUCGACCUUUUGGUCUGGAGGACUGUCCUGUUUUUUAUCCUACAUUGGAUGAAUUCAACGAUCCUAUGACCUAUGUUCGAUCUAUCUCUGACUCUGCGAAAGAUUACGGUAUCUGCAAAAUUGUUCCUCCCAACGGUUGGAAAAUGCCUUUUGUCACUGAUACCGAGGCCUUUCGCUUCAAGACACGCCUUCAGCGUCUUAACUCGAUUGAGGCUUCUUCUCGUGCUAAAAUCAAUUUUUUGGAGCAACUUUAUCGUUUCCACAAGCAGCAGGGCAACUCACGUGUAUCGGUACCCACCAUUAAUCAUAAACCUCUUGAUCUCUGGCUUCUCAGAAAGGAAGUCCAUAAACUCGGUGGUUACGAUGCUGUGACGAAGAACAAGAAGUGGUCAGAUCUCGGUCGGCUACUUGGUUAUGGUGGCAUUCCCGGUUUGUCGACGCAGAUCAAGAAUUCAUAUACACGAGUUAUCCUUCCUUAUGAAGACUUCUGCGAACGUGUCCGUACUUCACCGACACUAUCAAUGUCUCCGACGACAACGCGCGAUCCACAGCUCAAGACUCACGUAAACACACAGACUGUGGGAAGUAUGCGCCUAGGCCAGUCAAGCGCCCGUAGUGCUAGUGUCGAUAACCAGAGUCCUCCAUCGAGCCCGCUUACUGCUUCUUCAAGUCCGUUAUCCGAGCCACCGGACGAGGGCGAGUUCAAGGAUCAACCUAGAGGGAGAUCUGACAGCGCAAAACCUAGGAGGAGCGCUAGGAUGUCAUCUCAAGAGCAUUCAACCCCCGGACCCAGGAGAUCAGAAGGCAAUGGCCUCUUGCCCUCACCCAUCAUUCCAUCACCCAUCUUUCAUGAUCAGCAAAGGACUACAAAGCCAUCUUCUGAGCAAUCUUGUGAAAUUUGCCAGAAGAAGAACCGUGGCGAGGAAAUGCUCCUUUGUGACGGUUGUGAUUGUGGUUUCCAUAUGUUCUGCCUUGAUCCUCCACUCGCUACCAUUCCAAAGGGGCAGUGGUUUUGUCAUACAUGCCUCUUUGGUACAGGCGGUGACUUCGGGUUCGACGAAGGCGAAGAACACAGCCUUUCUAGCUUCCAAGCUCGCGAUGCAGAAUUUCGGCGCCUGUGGUGGAGCGCUCAUCCUCCAACUUCUUCUGAACCAUUGGAUCCCAAAGAUCCGGUUGUGAACCGCGUGGGCGGUGUACUGGUCUCAGAAUAUGACGUUGAGAAUGAGUUUUGGCGUCUUGUUCAGACUCCGCAAGAGACCGUUGAGAUUGAGUAUGGCGCAGAUGUACACUCAACCACACACGGAAGUGCCAUGCCCACCAUGGAAACACACCCAUUGGACCCAUACGCGAAAGAUCCAUGGAAUUUGAACAACAUGCCUAUAGUUUCCGAUUCGCUUUUGAGGUUUAUUAAAUCCGAUAUUUCUGGGAUGACCGUGCCGUGGACAUAUGUCGGAAUGGUGUUUUCUACAUUUUGCUGGCACAAUGAGGAUCAUUACACUUAUAGCAUAAAUUACAUGCACUGGGGAGAGACUAAGACUUGGUAUGGUAUCCCUGGAGAUGAUGCAGAGAAGUUUGAGACUGCCAUCAAGAGCGAGGCCCCAGACCUGUUUGAAGCGCAGCCAGAUUUGCUGUUUCAGCUCGUGACGUUGAUGAAUCCUAAGCGCCUAAUUGAUGCUGGUGUUCGUGUGCAUGCGUGCAAUCAAAGGGCGGGUGAAUUUGUGAUUACAUUCCCAAAGGCGUAUCACGCAGGUUUCAACCAUGGGUUUAAUUUCAACGAGGCUGUGAACUUUGCUCUACCAGAUUGGCUUCCGUACGGAAGGGACUGUGUACAGCGAUACCGCGAACACAGGAAAUUGCCUGUAUUUUCACACGAUGAGCUCCUCAUCACUAUUACGCAACAAUCUCAAUCCAUCAAAACUGCGCUAUGGCUUGCUGAUAGUCUAAAGGAGAUGACCGAAAGAGAGAUUGCUGCGCGUGAGAAAGCACGUUCCUUUGGGAUGACUGAAGUCAUAGACGAGGUCGACCAUCCCGAGGAACAGUAUCAGUGCAUAAUUUGCAAAGUUUUCUGCUAUCUGUCGCAAGUCAACUGCCAGUGCAAAACCCAAGUCGUAUGCGUUGAGCAUGCCGAUCUCCUAUGCGAUCAUUCGCUCAACCAGUUAACCCUACGGUUACGGUUUACGGACGCGGAUUUAUUGGAUACACAAACGAAGGUCGUCGAACGCGCAGGAAUACCGUCUAGUUGGAAGGGAAAGCUUAGUAAAGUGUUGAUAGACAGUGCUCGACCGCAACUACGAUCACUCCGUGCCCUUCUCGCAGAGGGGGAACGCGUCAAUUACCAUCUUCCAGAGCUUCCUGCGCUUCGUAAGUGCGUUAACCGCGCGGGCGAAUGGGUCGAUUCGGCGAAUACCUUUCUAAUCCGCAAACAAAGCCGAAAACGUUCGCGACGAUCACGAGGUCGGCCACCCUUAAAUGAGGCUGCAAACACUUCAUUUGACGACCGCGAUCCAGGAGAUAGACCUGACAGGGGCUUGGAGGACCUCUACUCUUUACUGCGUGAGGUAGAGAACUUGGGUUUUGACACUCCAGAGAUUAGUGUUCUGCAGGGUCUUGCUCGACAAGCAGAGGAGAUCAAGCUGAAAGCCCUUGACUUGCUAGAUGUCUCUAACGCAAUACCUGAACGUGACGCAUAUAUUGGGGAUUGUGAACGGCUACUUCUUCAGGGCUCAUCACUGAACGUCCAUCUAGAGGAGAUAGUAGAAAUUGAAAAGAUAGUGAUGCGGGAACAUCUUCUUAGGGAGCUCGAAGAGAAACUGGACGACGCGGCUAUUACCCUGGAAGAUAUUCGGGGGCUUUUAACGCGCGCUCGGUCUUGUAAUCUCCCUCAAGAUAACAAGUACAUGAAAACCUUGGAGUCUAGGCAACGUGCGGGAGAUAACUGGGAAGAACGGGCACGCCAUGUCCUCGAGCAGCCGUAUAAAACGAUCGAUGAAUUGGACGACUUUUUCAACAUGGAUUCCACCAUUCCUAUCGAAGUAACAGUAUACGAUCGACUUAUGUCCGCUCGCAAUAAAGCCAAAGAUUUCGAGAAGCAGGCAAAAGCCUGGCUAUCACCUGAUACACAAGGACCGAAGCCCAAAGUACAGGAGGUGAUGCGAUUUGUAGCUCGCGCUGAAAAAGAUUUCAGUAUACCCGCUAUACAGGAUUUAAAGCGAACAGCAGAUAUAGCCUUCGACCUUGAAACUCGGUGUGAAGCGGUUAUCAAAAACCGUUAUCAACAUCGUGAUGAAGGUGACAUAUUCGACAUGAUGCGCAGAUGGAAAACGUACACUCGAGAACAUCUGCCAAUGUUUUCGCUUCCCAUUUUCGAGAAAUUGGAUGUUCAAUUGAGCCAGCAUCAGCGGUGGCUAGAGGAUUUACCGUGGUAUUGUCCUCAGCGUAAUGAGCCUCACGGACAAGCAAUACUCGACGACGUCGUAGAAUCCACUCGACCUGAAGACGACCUACCUCCUAGCGACGAAUAUUUCACCUGUAUCUGCACUACGCCUGUGCGGCCGCCUCCCCCUGGUGUAGUAUCAGAUGCAGUCCAAUGCGAUCAUUGUUUUGCCAGAUUCCAUGGUGUAUGUGCUGCCAAUGGUGGAUCUUGCCCCUUUUGUGACCAUCAUCAUUGGAAUGGUGCGAUUCAUAAAGAACGCAGCUGGCAUUUCUGUUUUCUGCCGACUAUCCUCCUCUCCGCGCCGGACAUUACCAGAAAUUAUUCGGAUGCUUGGAAACAGCUAGAGAUCAUAGUCCACAGGAUCGACCGCCUAUCCUCCGUCAUUGGCCAUUUCCUUUCUUACGCAUCACAGCCAUCAAACCGGCGUGCUGAAUAUAUUCCGCAAGUACGGCACUACAUGCGCAAGCUCUACAAGAUACAAUUUGCUGUCUCUCCAAGUCGAGAAGUAUCCUUUGGCUUAGAUUUAGCAGGUUUGCACCGCAUUCUCGCUGGGCAACCUGCGCCAGUACGUAUCAAGAAAAGACGAAGGCCAAGGUUUACUUUCGGCCAAGACAUCGACAAGGACUGGACAGAUGGUACCCGAUGCAUAUGCAGAGGUCGCACCCCGUAUCUUCUGAACUAUCCGACCGCAGAAUGUGAUGUUUGUAACAAGUUGUAUCAUGCAGCUUGCGUGUUCUUCCCACUCGAUACUUCUCCUACGAAUCGUUUCAUGUGUCCACUAUGUUGUCUGCGGAAGAAUAGAUCAUAUCCUUACUCGGAAGUGCGAGUUAAGCAUAUCGACAAUCAAGAAAUGAACACAUAUGUCAACACGAAGGAGAUGCUUGACACGUUCAGCAAAGAUAUCAUAUAUGUCAAGAUGUUACCACCGUACACGCAGACACUAUUUGUCGAGCUAACACGAUUCGUUCCCGGUCAACCUGACAAUAGCAGUCCGAACGGUUCCACGCCUCGAAGCACAGCUGGACCUUCAAUACCGCGUCCUCCUACUGCACCCGACACCUCACAUCAUCACCCUAUGCAUUUACUUCAUACUCCUUUGCCUCUACCCACCCCACCCCCACCUGUAUACGAACCAGUUAGAACAUUGCCUUCUUCUGGGCACCAUGUUCCUCCUCCUCCCCCUUGGUCAAAUCGGUGGCAAAAUACUACUCCUCUUUCACUCGCGUCAGCUCAGCGUUCUCACCUUUCUGACUCGUCUCAUUCGACCUCACCGCAUUCUGGGAAAAAACGGAAGUUUGUUGACGAGACCCCCGAUGACAUGGCUGGCUCACGGUCGCCUAAGCAGCGACGAAUGCCUCAGACUCCAGUCCCUCCUUCCUCGACGCUGUCUUCACGUCCACUGCAACAAACACUCUCUCCGUCUCUGGCAAUGAUAGUUUCGCCCGUUGAUACUGAGCCGUCCCCCCGAACGACGUCUUCGUAUUUUGCAGGUCCAAGUUCGUCUGCAGGGAAACUAGUUAAUGGUGAUACCCCACCUGUGAAAACGGUCAAACUUGUAGUGUCGAAGAACAAAUAG